AAUACUACUACAACAACAACAUCUAAAUCCGCAACCAUAGCUUCGUCACGCACCGCCGCCCGUCUCACGCGCCUCGUCCACAGCAUGUCUGCCACGACGCCAUCUGCAUCUGCGCUGCCGCCCGCACCAUGGAAAGCGCUCUUCAGCUCGCAUCUGUCGCAGAUGAAGUCGCCCGAGUUUGUGCUGGGAACGCUCGACGCAGCGCCUUCAGGUGCACCGACGCCGUUUGUGCCGCGGGUGCGAUACUGCAUCCACCGCGGCUUCUGGGCCGAGCUACCUGAGAACCGGCAUAACGAUGCAGAGCGCAAUCCGCGCGUGUACGAGAGCGAUUGCCCUGUUUUGACGACGGAUGUGCGCAUGGAGAAGGUGGGGCAGAUAUUUCAGACGAGUGCGGGCCAUGCGCAGAGCAGGGAGCAGGUGCUGGGCAGUGGAGGCGGAGGGCCCGUCGAGGCGGUGUAUUGGAAUGCAGAUGUGGCGACGCAGUGGCGGGUCAAGGGGAGGGCGUUUGUGGUUGCAGAUGAUAUUGAGGGGGACGGCGAGGAAAGCAGCGGGGUGAGGACGGUCAAGAGCGAGGUGGGCAAGAGGAUGAGGGUGGUGGAUGAGGGCAGACAGGGCGAGUUUAGCUGGAAGAGGGAGAUCAAAGGCUUCUUUGGCAACCAGAGUCCUGGUAUCAAGGGCUCGUUCAAGAACCCGCCGCCCGGCCAGCCCACGUCCAAGGCCUAUGACGACAAGAGCCUUGGGCUUGGUUCCAAGGUGGAUGAUCUCGAUGACCCUGUUGCGCGCAAACACUUUCGCCUUGUCGUCAUUGUGCCGGAGUCGGUGGAGCAGACUGAUCUCAGCAACCCGGACAAGGCGCGGAGAUAUCGGUACACUUUUGACGAGAGUGCGAAAGCGAAUGCGGGGUGGAGGACCGAGGAGCUGUGGCCAUAGACGAAGCGAGCAGCAAUUAGCAAUUCCACCGAGGGCAUGGUUCUGAGACAAAGGAACAUGUCACGAAAAUGCAAAUGUUCAAACACG